GGCACACGUGUAAAAAAUGAUAACCGUCGCCUUAAAACAUGAACAGCAUCAUGGGCAUAUUAACACAUUAUAUCAAGAAUAAAUAAUUAUGCCUUGCAAAAUUUAUGUAGGCAGUUACUUAAUAUUUUUUUUUUGUAAUCAUUAAUGUUCUUUUUUUUUAAUAUUUACCUUAUUAACGAUAAAGAAAUAUUAUUUGGAUAUUUUAAUAAAUAGUUCAUUUAUUUAAAGUUUAAACUUUAUAAAUAACCUGAGUAGGUUUUUAUCUGGAUAACUUUUACUAUUAGCGCCAUCUAUGCGUAAUUAUAAAAAACAAUCUAUUGCAACUUUGUCAAAUUAAAUUAUCCAUUUGAACCAUUAACAGAAAAAUGGGUAUAUUUAACUAUUAUAUAUACCUACAUUUGCAUCUGAAUAUUUUGUUUAAUAUUGGUUGUGUGUAACUAUAACAUUUGAACUCAUUUUUUUAUAAUAUGGUAAAACUUUCUACUAAAAUUUAAUUUAAAACUAUUAAAAAACUUCUUAUACAGUUGAAAUUGGAAUAUAAAAUACAUAACUCAAUUACAUCAUAAUAAUAAGUAAUUUUAAAAGGAUAUUAAAAGUAGAAAUAAAUACAUUAUUGGACAACUAUUUGUUAACAUGCAAAAGGACACUAUUUCCGUUUCAGGUAUUUUUUUUUUUUAUAAAUAAAAUCUCGUGUAGUCGAUCAAUUAAAUUUUUCAAUAUAAUAUCAAUAAGUUUAAAUUGUUUCAUUUCAAUCUUUUUCGUUUUAUUACUAAAGUUUAAUUUAAUAUUGUUUAGAUUUUAAUAUUAGUAUUAAAAGAAACUAAUUUAAAAGAAAGAAAAUUGUUAAUUUGUAUGCCGCCAAAUUAAAAUAUUACGUGACGUCACAGCCUGUGCGGUUCGUUUGUCGGCUUUCGGCAAAAGUAUAAAGAGCACCGACACUUUGUCCGGCCGCCUUUCGCCAUUUGUUGAUUUCAUCGUUUAAAUCCAGUUGCGCACAUUUUUAGUUGAUUUAAUAAUUAAAAAUGGACACUCUACAUAUUGUGGAGAAAGGGAAUUGUGUAAUGACUAAACUCUUGGAGUUAAUACAAAAGACUGGAUAUCCUAUCGUGCAGCAAAAUGGACAGAGAAAAUUUGGACCACCCCCCGAUUGGAACGGGCCACCGCCUCCGAAAGGAUGUGAAGUCUUCAUUGGACGGCUUCCGAGAGAAAUAUUUGAAGACGAGCUCGUACCGAUCUUCUCGAAGGCCGGGAAGAUCUAUGAAAUGAGACUGAUGAUGGAUUUCUCAGGCUCCAACCGUGGAUAUGCUUUCGUAACGUACUGCACAAAAUUGGAGGCGUUCAGAGCUGUUAAAGAACUGAACGGUUACGAGAUAAAACCGAACAAACCGAUUGGAGUCGUAAAAUCGGUCGAUAAUUGUCGCCUCUUCGUUGGCGGUAUACCGAAAACUAAAACAAAAGAAGAAAUAUUUGAAGAGUUGUCCAAACGGGUGUCUGGAAUUGUAGACGUGAUUCUUUACAAGAACUGUUUUAACAGACAAAUGAGCAGAGGGUUUGCUUUCGUGGAGUUCACAUCUCAUCGGGCGGCGGCUAUGGCGAGACGUACCCUCGUGCCAGGCUGCGUCAAAAUAUGGGACCAGGACUUGAUGGUGGACUGGGCAGAACCAGAACCGGACGUAGACGACGAUCAAAUGAAAAAAGUGAAAGUGCUGUACGUUCGUAAUUUCUUAAUCAGAACAUCGCCAGAUACUAUUCAAUCAGUUUUCGAAAAGGCUAUAAAUAAUAAAAUUGAGAAAGUAAAAAAAAUAUAUGAUUAUGCGUUUGUACAUUUCUAUGAGAGAGAGCAUGCUGAGCUGGCUAUGGCAAGAUUACAAAAUGCUGAUGUUGAAGGCACUAAUAUAGAAAUACGUUGGGCAAAGCCAGUAGAUAGAGAGCUGUACCGUAUACAGAAAAUGAGUAAAGGCAAUGCGAAAUUUAAUAACAGCCUUGACUUGUCUCAAACAUUGUUACUUUAUAAACAGCACUUGGCGAAGAAGGAAUAUGAGAAGUCUUCAAGAGAUGAGGGAAUUGGCUCUGUGUGUGCUGGGGACUCCACAUCUGGUUCACCAACAAAUUUGAGGGCACUGUCUUUUCCAAAUACAACACCAGUCCCUGUGAACUACACAAUGGCUCCAGCAAAACUUGAUGCCAUGUGUAAAAGAUACAAUUGGGCACCUCCAGUCUAUGACUACCAAAAAUAUUUAAACCCAACUGGUGCAGAAGUGUGGGUGGGCCGUGUAGAUCUACCCUACAUUGGCCCACCACUAACUACGCCACGUCGCCUGGGUCCCCUGACGGCGCCAGCGUGCUUCUCUCUACAGCAGGCUCAUGUGGAGGCAGCAGAGAUGGCCCUGCACUACAUUAAGUUGCUGAGAAGUGACUUUAUGCAGCGCUCUACCGCCGCGCCCGUACAUCCAGUCUAUCAACCGGUGGUCCAGCCCUUGCCAAGCUGUCCUGGUUUACCAUAUAGCUACAUUAAUUCUUCCUUAUACCCUCGCCCGCAGCCAACAAUUCCUGUGACUGUACCAGUGCCAUCAGUAUGGCAUACAGCUUGAAACUAUUUUUGUUGUAUUAGCUUAAGUUUAUGAAAUUACUGCUUUUUUUCUUGUGGAAAAAAGUGGAAUUUCAUUUGCAUUCGGUGUAUUAUUACUUAUUAUAAUGUCAAACAACUUGACCAAUUCUGUGUAUUGGGAUGUUGUUUUGUUUUGAGAGGUUUAUAUGACCUUUUUUUUUUUUGUUGCUCUUAUUGAACUUGUUAUAAAUUCUCAUUCAACCCAUUGUGACUUUUUGUAUAAUAGAUGUGUGAUGAAAACUUUUUGUUGACUAUUCAAAUAUUGUAUAAUUUUCCUAAUCAUAGAUAUAUUUAAGUAUGACAGAGGCCAUAUUGUUACGGAUUACUUUAAUAAUUAUUAUUAGAAUAUUUGAUUUUGCUUUAUAUAACGUAGGUAUACUAUGGUUAAAUAUAUUGUGGCAUUUACAAGUUGUAAAGACGUUGCCUAUUCAGUGCUUGCUUGUGUCUAUACCUAGUGUAUAUUCAGAGAAAACAGCACUGUCACUUGGACAAUACUCAAUUUAUUUUUAGUUGACAAUUUGCAUUAUUUUUUUUUUAAGACUUAUUUACAGACUAAAUAAAUAUU